AUGGCUACAGUAAAAGCGAUCGAUAAAUCCUCAGUACAUCGUAUCUGUUCAGGUCAAGUUAUUGUAGAUCUGAGUACAACUAUUAAGGAGCUUGUCGAGAAUAGUUUGGACGCGCAGGCUACGUCCAUAGAGGUGAGGCUCAAGAAUCACGGGCUCGAGCUCAUAGAAGUCAUCGAUAAUGGAAUAGGCAUCCCAGGACAGAAUUAUGAAUUCCUCGCUUUGAAACACCAUACUUCAAAGUUGUCUUGCUUCGAAGAUUUGACAGCCAUAGAGUCAUUUGGCUUUCGCGGUGAAGCACUCAGUUCACUGUGCGCACUGUCAAAACUUACGGUUAUCACCUCGACUGAAGAACAGGCGCCGUCUGGUAGGAAACUUGAAUAUGAUGCAAAUGGUCGACUUGCAAAAACAAUUCCUACUGCACGUGAGCGCGGAACAACAGUUAUUGUACAAAGAUUAUUUGAGUCAUUGCCUGUUAGACAGAAAGAGUUUAAGAGAAAUGUCAAACGCGAGUUUGCAAAAGCUUUGACGUUGUUGCAAGCUUAUGGGAUUAUAUCGGAAGAUGUGAAAAUCACAUGCACUAAUCAGACAGGCAGAAGCGAGAGAAUCACGAUUCUUACAACUAGCGGCAAUAAAUCUAUACGUGAAAACUUUGCAAAUAUAUUUGGUGCUAAACAAUUACCCCAAGUGAUGGCUAUAGACUUUCAGCUGAACACCGAGUCAGAGAGAUUGACGAUGGUUGAUGCCAUAGAACGCGAUGACAAUUCACAGAUGGAGGCUGUUAUUCAAGUGAUUUCCAAAGUCUUUAAUGAAGUAUACAAGACUUAUAAUUCCAACCAGCUACCCUUUGUAGUCGCGGAUAUUCGUCUAGCUAAAUCAAGAUAUGAUGUCAAUGUGAGUCCAGACAAACGUACAAUAUUUGUUCACGAUGAAAAGAAAAUUGUUGACGUCAUGAAGAAUCAACUGAUCAAGGCAUUUGAGCCGUUUCGAUCGACUUUUUCUGUUAACAAUAAUUUAAGUCUUGUCUUUGACUCUGAAAAUUCCGAAUGCCAAAACCGUCAAUCGCAUGAUGAUUCGGUAGGACCACCCAAUAAAAGCAUUGAUAGAUUAUCCAAGCUGCAAGACGACACAGAAGUGGAUUCUAUUACGCCUGGGAUAUUCGAGAUGGAUUCUAAGGAAAAAAACCAGACCAUGCAAGCAAUGUCAUCGAAAAUCGCGUCCACUGAGAAAUUAAGAUCCGCGUGCAUUACCGAGAAGCCGAAGAUAUUUUUGCCAGUAAAUCAAACUGCGUCCGACAAUGGAUAUUCACUGAAGCGCCAGAGAAUCAAUGCAGAAAUUGCAAAUGAUGAUAUCGUGAAACGGAGCUCUAAACCUGUGUUGAACCCUGCAGUUGAGACGGUUUCGACAGAACACAAAUCAAACGAACCUGAAUUGUCGAAAAAAGCUGAACUAGAUGUGCAAUUUGACAUUAAUAAACUUAAAAAGAGAAUGAAGAAUCAAAAAAUUACGAAAUUGAUACGAAACUUACCCGACAAAAUUCACCUUGUUGACGCCGGACUCAACGCAGAAAGCAACGCAAUCGCUGAACGUGAAUUGAGUAGAGUUAUAUCAAAGGAAGAUUUCAUUCGAAUGAAGGUCGUGGGUCAAUUUAAUCUUGGCUUCAUUAUAGUGAAACUAGACAGCGUAUCUGGAGGUGACUUGUUUAUAGUUGAUCAGCAUGCUUCUGACGAGAAAUAUAAUUUUGAGACUCUACAACGUCAGACGAGGCUGCAUUCUCAACAAUUGAUUAGUCCUAUGCAGCUGCAAUUUACUGCCACUGAGGAGUUAGUUGCGAUUGAAAAUAUGGACGUUUUGAAAGCUAAUGGAUUUGAACUGCAAGUUGAUGAUAAAGCCCCACCAACAAGGAGAUUGAAAUUAGUAGCACAACCAAUGAGCAAAAACACCGUAUUUGGCACUAAAGACUUGGAAGAGUUGAUUUUUUUAUUAGCUGAGCGGCCUGGUGAAAUGGUUCGCUGCUCGCAAGUACGUAAUAUGUUUGCAUCUCGCGCAUGUCGUAAAUCUGUGAUGAUAGGGGAUCCAUUGAACAAACGACAAAUGAAACAGAUCGUAAAUAAUAUGGGCACUAUAAGUCAGCCUUGGAACUGUCCGCAUGGUAGACCGACGAUGCGACAUCUAUUUGACCUAUCACAGACUUGGGACAUUAAAGAUCAUAACCAUAGUCUCAACAAAGGCAGCUUGGUUAACUCUUUACUGAAAUCAUAA